AUGAAGCAGCCGAUCAUGGCGGAUGGCCCCCGGUGCAAGAGACGCAAACAAGCCAAUCCCAGGAGGAAAAACGUGGUGAACUAUGACAAUGUAGUGGACACGGGUUCUGAGACUGAUGAAGAGGACAAGCCUCAGAUUGCUGAGGAGGACGGGAUUGCCAAUCCUCUGGACCAGGAGAGAAGUCCAGCUAGCGUGCCCAACCAUGAGUCCUCCCCACACGUGAGCCAAGCUCUGUUGCCACGAGAGGAAGAGGAAGAUGAGAUAAGAGAGGGUGGAGUGGAACAUACCUGGCACAGCAGCGACAUUUUACAAGCCUCUGUGGAUGGUCCAGAAGAAAUGAAGGAAGACUAUGACACUAUGGGGCCGGAAGCCACGAUCCAGACCACAGUUAACAAUGGUACAGUUAAGAAUGCAAAUUGCACAUCAGACUUUGAGGAAUACUUUGCCAAAAGAAAACUGGAGGAACGCGAUGGUCAUGCAGUCAGCAUCGAAGAGUACCUUCAGCGCAGUGACACAGCCAUCAUUUACCCAGAAGCCCCCGAGGAGCUGUCUCGCCUUGGCACGCCAGAGGCCAAUGGGCAGGAAGAAAAUGACCUGCCACCUGGAACUCCAGAUGCUUUUGCCCAACUGCUGACCUGCCCCUACUGCGACCGGGGCUACAAGCGCUUGACAUCACUGAAGGAGCACAUCAAGUACCGCCACGAGAAGAAUGAGGAGAACUUUUCCUGCCCUCUGUGCAGCUACACGUUUGCCUACCGCACCCAGCUCGAGCGGCAUAUGGUGACGCACAAGCCAGGGACAGAUCAGCACCAAAUGCUGACCCAAGGAGCAGGUAAUCGCAAGUUCAAAUGCACGGAGUGUGGCAAAGCCUUCAAAUAUAAACACCAUCUGAAGGAACACCUGCGAAUCCACAGUGGUGAAAAGCCGUACGAGUGCCCCAACUGCAAGAAACGUUUCUCCCAUUCUGGUUCCUACAGCUCACACAUCAGCAGCAAGAAAUGUAUUGGCUUAAUCUCUGUAAAUGGCCGAAUGAGAAACAAUAUCAAGACAGGUUCUUCCCCUAAUUCUGUUUCUUCUUCUCCUACUAAUUCGGCCAUUACCCAGUUAAGAAACAAAUUGGAGAAUGGAAAACCACUUAGUAUGUCUGAACAGACAGGCUUACUUAAAAUUAAAACAGAACCACUAGACUUCAAUGACUAUAAAGUUCUUAUGGCCACACACGGGUUUAGUGGCACUAGUCCUUUUAUGAAUGGCGCACUUGGAGCCACCAGCCCUUUAGGAGUUCAUCCGUCUGCUCAGAGUCCAAUGCAGCACUUAGGUGUAGGGAUGGAAGCCCCUUUACUUGGGUUUCCCACAAUGAAUAGUAACUUAAGCGAGGUACAAAAGGUUCUACAGAUUGUGGACAACACAGUUUCCAGACAAAAAAUGGACUGCAAGGCUGAAGAAAUCUCCAAGUUGAAAGGUUAUCACAUGAAGGAUCCAUGCUCUCAACCUGAGGAACAAGGAGUUACUUCUCCUAAUAUUCCACCCGUAGGUCUUCCAGUAGUAAGUCAUAAUGGUGCCACUAAAAGUAUUAUUGACUACACGUUAGAAAAAGUCAAUGAAGCCAAAGCUUGCCUCCAGAGCUUGACUACUGACUCAAGGAGACAGAUCAGUAAUAUAAAGAAAGAGAAGCUGCGUACUUUAAUAGAUUUGGUCACCGAUGACAAAAUGAUUGAGAACCACAACAUAUCCACUCCAUUCUCCUGCCAGUUCUGUAAAGAAAGUUUUCCUGGCCCCAUUCCUUUGCAUCAGCAUGAACGUUACCUUUGUAAGAUGAAUGAAGAGAUCAAGGCAGUCCUGCAACCCCAUGAAAACAUAGUCCCCAACAAAGCCGGAGUAUUUGUUGACAAUAAAGCCCUCCUCUUGUCAUCUGUACUUUCUGAGAAAGGAAUGACAAGCCCCAUCAACCCAUACAAGGACCACAUGUCUGUACUUAAAGCAUAUUAUGCUAUGAACAUGGAGCCCAACUCUGAUGAACUGCUGAAAAUUUCCAUUGCUGUGGGCCUUCCUCAGGAAUUUGUGAAGGAAUGGUUUGAGCAACGAAAAGUCUACCAGUACUCAAAUUCCAGGUCACCAUCACUGGAAAGGAACUCCAAGCCGUUAGCUCCCAACAGUAACCCUCCCACAAAAGACUCUUUAUUACCCAGGUCUCCCGUAAAACCCAUGGACUCCAUAACAUCACCAUCUAUAGCAGAGCUCCACAACAGUGUUACGAAUUGUGACCCUCCUCUCAGGCUAACAAAACCUUCCCAUUUUACCAAUAUUAAACCAGUUGAAAAAUUGGACCACUCAAGGAGUAAUACUCCUUCUCCCUUAAAUCUUUCCUCCACGUCUUCUAAAAACUCCCACAGUAGUUCUUACACUCCAAACAGCUUCUCAUCUGAGGAGCUCCAGGCUGAGCCUUUGGACCUGUCGUUACCAAAACAAAUGAAAGAACCCAAAAGUAUUAUAGCCACAAAGAACAAAACGAAAGUUGGCAGCAUAAAUUUAGACCACAACAGUGUUUCUUCGUCAUCUGAAAACUCAGAUGAGCCUCUGAACUUGACUUUUAUCAAGAAGGAGUUUUCAAAUUCAAAUAAUCUGGACAGCAAAAGUGCUAACCCAGUGUUCGGCAUGAAUCCCUUUAGUGCCAAACCUCUCUACACAGCUCUUCCUCCACAAAGCGCGUUCCCCCCUGCCGCUUUCAUGCCACCGGUCCAGACUAGUAUCCCUGGACUGCGACCAUACCCAGGACUGGAUCAGAUGAGCUUCCUACCACACAUGGCCUAUACUUACCCAACUGGAGCAGCUACUUUCGCUGACAUGCAGCAAAGGAGAAAGUACCAGCGGAAACCAGGAUUUCAGGGAGAAUUGCUUGAUGGAGCACAAGACUACAUGUCAGGCCUAGAUGACAUGACAGACUCCGACUCCUGUCUGUCUCGAAAGAAGAUCAAGAAGACAGAGAGUGGCAUGUAUGCAUGUGACUUAUGUGACAAGACAUUCCAGAAAAGCAGUUCCCUUCUGCGACAUAAAUACGAACACACAGGAAAAAGACCACAUCAGUGUCAGAUUUGUAAGAAAGCGUUUAAACACAAGCACCACCUUAUCGAGCACUCGAGGCUUCACUCGGGCGAGAAGCCCUAUCAGUGUGAUAAAUGUGGCAAGCGCUUCUCCCAUUCGGGCUCCUACUCGCAGCACAUGAAUCACAGGUAUUCCUACUGCAAGCGGGAGGCGGAGGAGCGGGAAGCGGCGGAGCGCGAGGCGCGCGAGAAAGGGCACUUGGAACCCACCGAGCUGCUGAUGAACCGGGCUUACUUGCAGAGCAUCACUCCUCAGGGGUACUCUGACUCGGAGGAGCGGGAGAGUAUGCCGAGGGAUGGCGAGAGCGAGAAGGAGCACGAGAAGGAAGGCGAGGAUGGCUAUGGCAAGCUGGGCAGACAGGAUGGCGACGAGGAGUUCGAGGAGGAAGAGGAGGAAAGUGAAAACAAAAGUAUGGAUACGGAUCCCGAAACGAUACGAGAUGAAGAGGAGACUGGAGAUCACUCCAUGGACGAUAGUUCCGAGGAUGGGAAAAUGGAAACCAAAUCAGACCAUGAGGAAGACAAUAUGGAAGAUGGCAUGUAA